AUGUGUCUCCUCACAUUCCAUUCGUCGACUUCCUUAUCCAAGACUGUCAAGAAGUGUCAAAUAUCAAACCAGUCAUAUGGAUACAUAUCGACACAAGCUAUCUCCAUAGCUUGGCCGAAGCAAAGCAUAGGAAAAGAAGAUGAAGCAGAAUGGUGGCCUUCGUCGCUGCCCCUGAGCCCUAAUUCAAUGUCUUAUGGGAUUACUGACACGCCCAUUCAGGUUAAUGCCACUUCUCUCGCAGCCACGGAGCUGAGCCCAAGAAUCACACAGCAUUUACUGGAGACGAUGCAGUCGGCCUCUUGCGGCUGGAUUCACGCCAUCUUGCAUCAAUUACUUGCUGAUUGGCUUCUUGGCGGGACAAACGACAAUCAGAGUCUUGUACAGCUAAGCGCCGCAUGCUGCGAUGCACUGCAGACACGGAGAAUGGAAGAGCCGCAUGAUCCUAGUGGGCACUUUUGUGCUUCUUUCAAGGCCUUGCACAACAUCACCCAUCUGGAUAUCGGACACGUUGAUUUCUCCUCAGUCGGUGUUUGA